GCAGUCAUGCUUGACGGAGGCUCCGCCCCCUUCCCCCUCAUGGAGCGUGAGCCCCCUCCCCCACGCCCAGCCGGCAGCGCCUGGGUCCGUUGGGGCAGAACCAUGGAGGAAGAACCUUUCAAAGCGCCUCCAGACCACCAAAGCCCCGGCCAGGUGAGCAGGCCCAAUGGCCUUCCGAAUGGGUGCACCCGGGCCACACCGUCGCAGCCACACCUGAGCAUGCAGCUGUCCGAGGUCCGUGGGAGCUCUGGUCAGGAGGGCGGUGGCACAGUCUUUGAGGCCUGCGAGUGGGACAGCCAGCGGGGCCUCCAGGAGGACGUUGACAAGUCCAUUUCUCUGAGGGACAAGGACCGAUUUAAAUCGGAGGACCUGGACCAGCACACUCUGCUGGAGCUGGAACCGCCCCGCAGCAGAUCCCUGGGCAACCACUUAGUGGAAGUGGCCAGCGAAUCUGAAAUCCGGAAAGAGUCAUUGUCUAGUGCCUGGGAGCAUGCAGACUUUCAGCUCUACUUGGCAGAGCAGCAGAAAAAGCUGCCGCUGCCCCUGAGGGAACUCAUGGAGACCGAAGCUCUGGAAAUCCUCACCAAAGCCCUCAAGAGCUACCGGUCCAAGAUCGGCGAGAACCACUUUCUGACUAAAGAGCUGCAGCGAAGGGUCGAGGAGCUCCAAAGGCGCAGGAGACUACUCUGGACGUCUCAGUGAACCUCUGGUUCUAGCAGUCUGACUCCUGCCCCUUGCUCUGUCCCGUCCCCAGACCCAAGCCCGACCCGCUUGGAGUCUGAGCCCUAGAGAAAUUAAAGAGUGUGCAUAA